GGACUCCCCACGUAUUGACCGAGCGGUGAAAGGCUGAACGCUAGUCUUGCUGAGAGACCAUCUGAUUUCUAAGAGAACUGUUGCCUUCCUCGUGGGUGUGAGGAGCGGUCAGACACAGAAUGGAGAAGCCAAGCUGAGAGUCGGUCUGUUACAGGCGACACCCGAGGAAGAGCAGCAGAGUUUCAGCUCCGCUCCCGGGAGCGGCUCCGCGGGCGCAGCCCCUCCGGCCGGGCUCGGCGCCCGCCGGGGGCCCCUGCCGCCCAGCGCCGGCAGACGGCCGCGGCCCGCGGGGACCAGCCUGGGCUGCCGCUCAGGGUGAAGCUGAGACCACAGAGGGGUGCUGCCUCUGCUCCCAGACCAGUGACGGGAAGGACUGAUAAACCCCAAGUGCCCACACCAGUCCCGAUGUUCAAGAUGUCAUUGAAGGUGCAGACAAGCAACAUCACGAACAAGAAUGACCCCAAGUCCAUCAACUCCAGAGUCUUCAUUGGCAAUCUCAACACAGCCGUGGUCAAGAAGUCAGAUGUGGAGACCAUUUUCUCCAAGUACGGCCGAGUGGUGGGCUGCUCCGUUCACAAGGGCUAUGCCUUCGUACAGUACUCCAAUGAGAGGCAUGCGCGUGCUGCUGUCCUGGGCGAGAACGGGCGUGUGCUGGCUGGCCAGACUCUCGAUAUCAACAUGGCCGGGGAACCUAAACCCAACAGACCUAAAGGGCUGAAGAGGGCAGCCUCUGCGUUGUACAGUGGCUACGACUUCGACUAUGACUAUUACAGAGAUGACUUCUACGACAGGCUCUUUGAGUACCGGGGCCGAGUCUCUCCGGUGCCCAGGGUGGUUCCUGUGAAGCGGCCACGGGUCACCAUCCCCCUCGUCCGUCGUGUGAAGGCGACUCUCCCCGUCAAACUCUUUGCCAGAUCGGCUGCCAUCGCCAACAGCUCGGCCAAGUUGAAGCUGAAGUGCAGCGAGCUGCAAACAAUCAAAACUGAGCUGACACAGAUCAAAUCCAACAUUGAUGCUCUCCUGGGCCGACUGGAGCAGAUUGCUGAAGAACAGAAGAUGUCCGCAGAAGUACGGAAGAAGGGGGAUGGCAGCAAAAGCGAAAUCUCGCAGGAAGACACAGCAUCAGAAGCAGAGGUCAACACGGAGGAGCCGCUGAACGGGGACGAGGGUGAGGAAGAGGGUCUCGCACGGGAUGAGUGUGAAGAUGAACUGGAGAACAGCCAUUACACAGAUGUGGAGGAUGCCAGGCUACAGUAACCAGCCCAUUCAGACCAGCAGUGAGCAACAGUGUGAGGAAAGCACGAGGCUAAACCCAGUCCUGGCACGUUGAGCAAGACAAGCUGAAUCGAAGUGCUGCUGUCAUCUCUACCUGGCAUUCAAAAGGACAAUAUGGCCCAAC